CGUCAGUCACUCUUCGGCGCUCGCGCGGAAGAGUCUGUACGCAUUUACGGACGGGGAUAUCGUUGCUCCCUGCGGUGUGUUUAAAUAUCUCGUAGGUGUUUCUUCGCCGUUCAACCUCAGCGACGACGUGUAUUCGGCUCCGAUCGUGGUGACCAGCACGAUUCACAGGGUGACGCGACACCGCUUAUGGAAGUGUCGCGGGAAAAAAGCCGGUUAGGUGAGGGUUGGAGCCGCGUGUGUUCUCGCCAGUGAAUGUACAUACACGAGUUAUCGUGAGCGAAACGGACGCGUGGGCGGAUUUGAGUAUUCGGCGGAUCGCUACACCAUCGAUACGAGAGUUUCUCAAGUAAAAAAGUUAAAUCGGAGCAGCUCUGGUAGUUCGACGAUUUAAAUCGGAGCAAGUGGAGUAGAAGAGAGAAAGAGCGAGAUAGAGAUAGAGAGAGAGAGAGAGUGAGUUGGAAUGCGGUAAGCCGAAUGAAUCGAACAGAUAACGGGUCGCGACUCGUGCCGGCGUUUUGACGUUUCGUUGUUCCGGUGGGGUAUAUUACGAAGGAUUCCACGAUCGUUCCACGUAUGAUGGAUGCUGUCGCGCGUGUCUCGUGUACGCGACGCUAUCAAGAACAGACAGAGCGUCGUGCCGGGCAACUAACAACGGCGUUCCAGUGAGUUUUUUACCCUCCUUCUCUCUACGGUCGUGGCGUGUCUUUCGGUGCAGUGGCCGCGUGCUUUUUAUCCAACGAUUGUACUAGCGCCGGGGUGGCACCAGCAACAGUAUAAGCGCCGGUAGUCGGUGCUACGGAGCGGGAAAGAGAGAGAUAGUUCGAGAGAAAAAGAGAGAGAGAGAGAGAGAGAUUGCUCUCACGGUUUCGGAGCGAGUGCUUCGGUGGUGUUUGUGUGCGCGCGCGGGGAAAAAGGAAGCGGUUAGCCGUGGUGGUCCCUCUCUUGCGUUCACUUCGUACAGAGUUACCCGUGAGUAGUACCCUCUCGCUCGCGCUACCGGGUGACUCCGACUGGUCAUCCUGGCCCACGGUGACGUCGUGACCGUCGGUGCAUCUUCGAUGAUAAGCACGUGUGCGUGCCACUACCUGCUGCGUGUACGUGCGUGCGUUAAAGUCGCGAGCCGCGUAUCACCGUGCAGUUAGUGAACGCGUCUCUUGGCCGUUUUACCAUCUAAGUCUUUGAGUAUACGAGUACCAACCGCGGUACAGUUUUUAUUUGAGUUUGGGUUCGUUUGGUUCGACGUCGUUUACGUUUGUUUUUUUUUUUUCUGGCUUCUGUUUACUUGUGUCGAGUUCACUCAGUUACGAACGGAUCACCGCCGUAAACAUGGAUAUCCUGCCGAGUGGGAACAUAUUUAGGGAGUUGCAAGACAUACACGACACCGGAUACUUUUCGGCCCAGCCGUCGCUCGAGGAUCAUUGGCAACAGACAUGCUACGAGAUGGAGAGGUACCUGAAGGACGAGCCGAAGCUGCAGUCGUACAAAAAGUUGCCCACAGAGUUGGACACGGCCCCUUGGAACCUCUUCAGGGCGCCGCCAAUCUCGUGGACGGCCUCCACUGGCACCGCAAACGCACAAUUCGAGUCGCCCAUAAAAAUGGAGAUGACGACGCCGUCGGAAGACAGGGAAGCGCUCUGUAUCGACGACAUAAAAUUCAGUCCCAGCGAUCACAACCACAACGGCCGCGAUAGGGAUCUCCUGGACCGACACCUCGAUUCCUUGUCGAUGUCGUCGGCGAGUUCGGCGUGUUCUGCGUUGUCCUGGGACAGCUCGCCCUCCCUCUCGUGCACGGCACUCAUUCUCAAGAAAGAGCCCAGCGAGGAUCUCGAAGAGGAUGAGGAGCACGAGGAAAUCGAAGAGUACGAGGACAGCGGCUGCGAGAGCGAAUGUCAGAUCCUGACGCCACCGUCGAGCCCUGGCUCGGGUCAAAGUCAUUCCAACUCCAGUCACUCGUCGAGCGGGAGUUCGAUGCUCGACGUCCAAAACCUCAACCUUCACGGAACGGGUGGCAGGAGCGCCAUCGUCAGGGUUACCACCAGCAACGCGCAGGGUGUCGCAAGACUGAUCUCCGUCACAGCGAACGGCUACCCCGCGGUCGCAGGCACGCAACACGCACAUGCAGGGACCACUGCAGCUGCGAGCACCGUGGCCAACAGGCACCACGCGAGGAGCCACGAGCACAGUCCGCCUGACACGAAGCGCAGGAUACACAAAUGCCAAUUUCCGGGAUGCAAGAAGGUGUACACCAAGAGCUCGCAUCUGAAGGCCCAUCAGAGGACGCACACGGGAGAGAAGCCGUACAAGUGCAGCUGGGAGGGCUGCGAGUGGCGAUUCGCUCGCUCGGACGAGCUGACGCGCCACUAUCGCAAGCACACCGGCGCGAAACCGUUCAAGUGUCGGCAUUGCGACCGAUGCUUCUCCCGCAGCGAUCACCUAGCCCUCCACAUGAAGAGACACGUGUAAUCGAUCGUUCCCGCGAGCGGUCCUCCACGCGCGUAGCUGUCCAGGACCGACGCGCGAGGCUCCUUCCUACCCCAAAGGGUUCACGAGGACGAUCACCGAGCCUCGACUCCUCGUGACACCAUUUCUUCCACGGACAUACCCUCGACGAUUCAUCGAACCUCGACUCGACGUCCACUGGCACGCGAUCGUGCGGACUCGUCAUGGCGACGAUCGUCUCGACGUCCAACGUGGCGUCUCUAACGGGAAUCGAGGAUCAGGCCAACCGGAAAACGUCCACUUCCGGUGGCAGUCGCGUUCUCUCGAGUGAUAGGAACUGGUCGAAGAUCGAAUCCGUAGCUGCGUUGUUCGGGCCAGAGAUGGGCAGAACUCUUGUCUAGAUAAAAAUCAUGAAUAACGAAUAAAUAAAUUAACCCUUCGAUAAGACUGUGCGUGGAAGGCUCUUUCCCGCGUUGGAUAGGUACAAAUCACCCUGGUCGAUCGAGUACUUUCUGAGUGUACCAGUCAGAGGGUUGAAUCAAAAUUAGAAUUCGAAUUAUAGAGAUAUUAUAUUGCGCGGUGAGCAAACGAAAAUUUGAAAACGUCGCGAGUAAAUUGUUAUUUGUUUUAUUCGUUGUUUGUAAAGGGAAUUUUGCCCGUCUCUGAUCGAGAGUAUAUAUCGGUGGGAUGGGAAAUCGCGAUCGGUUAACGCGUGCUCUUCACCGUUCCCUUCGAGGCAGAUCUGGUCGCAACGGCGGAGAAGCUCCUGCGACGAAGCUGGAAAAAUGCUCGAGGGUAUUCUCUGCGCGAUAAGAGAGCGAUCGAGACAGGACCGAGUCGAUGACGAUCGCGCAGAGAUCGUAGCCGAUCAGUCGGGGCCUCCCGGGACGCGAGUAGCUGGAAACCAGCGCGAGGAGUCUCGAUCGAGACCGAAAUCACUGCCAAUUCAUUAAAUUCUAAGAUCACAGCUACACCGUCGAGGAUUUUCAGAUAUCUCAGAUAACUGGUGUAGGAGAUGGGGAUGAGAGCAAGCUGCUAACGAGAGAUGGGCAAAAUUCUUCUCCAGAUGAAUUUCGAAAUAAAAGAUAUUUAAUGGAUUAUUUGCCGAACAGAAAAUCCAAUUAAAAUUAUUGUCAUGAAUAGGAUCUUGUUUGAAUAAUUGUUCCAUCGAGUGGACCCUACGAAUAAGUCUCUGCACUGAGUGGUUAUUCAUCUCCUAUUAUUCAAAUAAAAUGUCGAGUAAUGCAUAAAAGAUGAACACCUUUUCAUUAUUCGUUCAAUGAAAACUUGAAUCAAAGUAUUCGUCAUGAACAAGUAGAAUCAUGCUCGAAUAAUUUUGAUAUAAUGAAUAAUUUCUUUACAAACCCAGUCCAAUGAAUAGACGCUUAUUCUAGCAAGUGCCAGUUUAAUUGAAUACAUCUUUUGAAUAAAUUGUUACACAGAGCUUUUAUUUGUCAUCUGAAUAAGAUUCUGUCCAUCUCUGUCUCAAAUAAAACUGAGUCGUUCCCGCGACAACGGUGCCCGGGACUUGUAAGCCGUCUGCCUCCCGUAAAACGGUCGAAUUUUCGAAACUGAGCGCAGUGGCAUGUCGAAAACGUGGAUCGAAAACAUCGAAAGCGAUCUCUGACGCGACGUCGCGUCGAAGGCGUCGCGACGCGUUCGAACGAAAGUCGAGGAGUCCCGGUUCGCGAGGACAAUAAUGCUGUCUGUCGGUGCCAAACGUUAUAUUCCUCUGUCUCACUCACUUUUCUCUCAGACACAUUCACGCGCGUGUACACUAGGGAUGUUAUGUCAUGGCAUGCAUCGAUUUUUUAAAUCAAGAAUCAAUGCUCAGUUUUUCAGCCUCCCUUCGUGCGCGGAAUUUCGUUUUCCUUUUCUUCGAGCUACGCGUGAAUUUCGUUCUUUCUUUUUGCGACAAAAGAAAGCAUUUUUGUUGGAUUUAUUGAAUAUUGUUAAAUAAUUAUUGAAAGAUGAAAUGACAGAGAAUAUUUAUAUUCAAGAUUUAUAGAAUAAAAAAUGUUUCUUAUACAAUAUUUAUAGUUAAUAAUUUCUAAGGGUCGUGAUCCAGUAGUGGAAAACACUAGUCUACUGCACAGUGUCCUCAAAUUCCAUUCAAAGUAUGUAGAAAUACGUACAAAAGCAAUGACUUUUUUAUGAGAAUACUUAAUAUUUCUACAAGUUUAGAUGAAUGAUUUCCCUCUUGAAAGUUCAAAUAAAAUUCACGCAAUAAAUGAUUCAGCAUUCUCCUCAGACAGUACCUACCAAAUGAUUUACUAUUUUCUAAUUCACCCCUAUUGAACAAAAUAGCUAUUAAACGAUAGCUAAAUUGACACUUAAUUCCUGAUCAACUUUUGCAUAUAAUAUUUUCAAUGCAAAUAUACAAUUCCAAUAUAACAGUAUCCAACUAAUGGCUUUUAAAUCUGUUUCAAGAACAAAAUUAACUUUUUUUUUUAAUCAAACAUUCCUAUUGUACACAAUCUUUCCUCCACUCUAUCUCUGGCGAACAGAGGCUCGCAGGAAAGCUGUUCGCGGCUCGAAAACGUGCACGGCGCGUUCGAGCUUCGAUCUUUCGACAGAGGCUGCAAUAAUCGAAAUUGUGUUUCGUGGAGGCCUGGAACAACAGGACGGGGGUGCGAGAGGGUUACGAGGGGAGUGCAGAAGCGGGACGAGCCGUAAUUGAAUACGUGAUUUCGGCCAGUUUCGACGGAAGCAAAGUUUACCGUGUCGCGCGCUAAUCCCGAAUUUACAGUGCGAAUUACAUAGCGAGGCUCAGCUUCUCCCAAUCACCCCCCCCCCCUCUUUCUAUUACGCCUAGUUUCCCAGCAGGUCGUUUUGAGAAAAAUUUCGUAGAUUCGACCGCUUUACCACAGAUACGUUCACGAGCGAUUCUCGAGAAAGAAAGAGCCACUUUUGGUCACAGUCUUGGACAAAAUUGUAUUCCACGAUUACAGUUACUCGGCAAUCUCGAUGAUAAUCACGUUUUAACGAAUAAUUGCUAAUCGUGAUCGAUAAUGCACGACAACAAUCAGACACGAUUAGCUCUAAACAAUUACAAAUUAAUUAUUUAUGAUUGCAGGUUACAUGUGCAGUUUACGGUUACCGAUUAAUCCGAUUCCGAGUGAUUGUUAGGAGAGUAAUCAUUGUCCGACUGUGGCAAAUGGUGGCAAGACUUUCUCGCUCAGGAAAUCGUCUGAUGAAACGGGGAUUCUUUCGCUAGUGGCGCGCGUGUCCAAUGGUUUUUAACAAACACACAGAAAAAAAAAAACGAAAAAACGGAAUCUGACUUUGUACUUUUGUACGAUUGCUUUCUUAGGCGACGUUCUCCCGUUCGUUCAAUCGCGCGCACGUUCGCGCAGCGACGAAGCGGUGUCGCGCCCUAAGCGGGGGGGAAGAUUCACGUCGGAGGCUCAACAGAAAUAAAUGAAAUAUAUAUAUAUUUUUUAAUAUUCUCGUCUUACUCACCGAAACAAUAUAUAUAUUAUACAUAAGGGACAAAAUAAACGGGCAACAUUCCGCACAAAGCUUUAGAGAACCGUUUCCACGCGUCAGGCUCAGCCCCCCGACCAAGGGCGCGCCACCCCGCUGUAGCGUUCGCGCGAGCGAACGGAGGCCAGGCGGCGAGCGUCGCGACGGCACCGUGUUCCAGGUCACGGACGGGCAGAAUUCCGAAGAAGCUUCGUGUAACGAAUAAGAGUCACGCGAUUGCUCGCGCCAUUUACUCGUAAAAAAUCAAAUUCAAAUUGGAUACUAUAGAAUAAAAUAUUUCAAAAUGGAGAAAUUCGAUUCGAAGGAAUUAUACGAAUCACGAAUGAAUCGCUGCGGAUUGCUUCUAUUCGUUAUCCCAAUUUAUCGAGAUGAAAUUUCGCCCGUAUCCGUGUCCAAGGGACGCCAGCUUCCCGAGGAGUCGCGUUCGCUGAUCGUCGAUCUUCGACCGAUCGACGGGAACGUGGAGUCGCGCGACGAGAUCACGGCGAAUUGGGGUUAACCGUUGGAAGCGUCAGAUGAGAACGAAGAACGGCGGGGGUCGCUCAUCGAACGAGUGGAGAACAAAAUAGAGUAGUAAUAUAGUAAUAAUGAUAACGAUAAUACCGAGAUGCGAGUGGUGAUCGUAAUGUGCGUGGACGGGCGGGGGAGGGAGGGGGGGAGGCGUGUAGGCGUUCUACCGCUUAAGGAGACUAAUCUUACCUGAUGAGGACGAGGUCGGCGUACGCAAAACGAAAGAUAAGAGAAAUGAAACUAAAUUUUAAAUGUUCAGUGGCCAAAUAAAUUAACUGAUAACGCACGUAGAACGUAAACGAUACCGUACCUACUAAGUAAGCCUGACUGACGAGAGUGUCGUUGACGCGGCGUGGGCGCGAGACCGUGUGGCUGCGUGUGUAUGUGUGCGUGCGCGCGCGCGCGCGUUAAUUCAGUGUCUGCACGUGAAAGGGGGUGCGUCUAGGGGCGCGUGCAUGCGAGUGUUCUGUUUUUUUUUCCUCGCGCGAAUGUGUUCCAAGAGAGAGAAAGAGAGAAAAAGUUGAUUACACGUGGGAGGGAGAAAGUUCGAGGGCGGUGGUUCCAACGAACACAGACGAAUCCGCGGGAGAAGCGACAAGGUGAGAGCAGAACACUAAGUUUGUAUAUUGUGCAAUUUUUGUCAGUGUUUCAUUAUUUGUUACCAUGUUCACGGAUAAUUAUAAAUAAAGUAAAUAUAUAUACGCAGCAUUUACAAGAUUUAGGAUAAACGAGGAUUACGAAAGAGCGAGAGAGCGCGAGAGUGUAUGCGAGUGAAAGCCAGAUGUCUUUUUGAUAGCCAUAUAUUGCGAGUAUCGUGCGGCGUUUCCGCGAGAACGUCCCGACCAGCGCUGGAUUAAGAUUUUGUGGAACCAUGAGGGCUGCUGACACUGCGGGGAACCCAGUAGUGUUGGGGUACAUGUAGUUGUGAUUAAUGAGUUUUGAAAUUCACAAUUAUUUAUUUAGAAUUGCAGGUUACGAAUGGAAUGUAUCAUAUGGUUGCAUAAAUAGUCACAAAAUAUUCAGAAAGUAUUAUAGUCACCACUCUAUUUUGGGUCUCGGUCAAAUUUUGCUAAAUGUAGGAAAGAGGUCAAGGUAAAAACUGAUUUUUUUUAUGCAAGAUCAACAUCAAUUGAAAUUUCUUGAAAUACAAUCACCUCAACCACUGUUUCUUCAGUUCGCGCGACCUAUCGACUCGAGUGGUCCGUUUCAGUUUGACCAGUUCCAGGAACAAGUUCUCAAUCUCUGUUCAUAAUACCCGAAUGUUCCAUUUUGUCUUCAAGAAAGAAAACAAUACUCAUAAAUGUAACAAUUCAAAUGUAACAUAAAGCUUCAAUUCAAAGCUACCUUCAACAUUACAGCAUGGAAACAAUUCCAUUAAUUUUUCAGAGUCUCUGGACUGUAGCCCCUGAAAUCCUCAAUGCCUUAAUCCGGUCCUGGCUCCGACCACUCUUUUUUCUCUAUAUUUCUUUCCGUUUCUUCGCUUCUGGUAGACGAGGUGAAACGCAAACACGAAAACGACGUUUGUCGUCAGAGACAUACAAAAUUUCCAUCUAGAUAAAAUGUCGAAUAACGAAUAAAAGAUAAUUUCUUAUUCGUUACUCGUAGAAUAACAAUUAGAGUUUCUAUUAUGAAAUGAAAUAUAUUUGAAUGAAAAUUUCGCUGUCCGAUCGAGCAAACGUCACGAAUAAAUUGAUGUAUAUUGGUUUUAUUCGUCAUCCGUUAUUCGAAUGAAAUUUUGCUCGUCUUUGGUCGUCGCUGGAUCGCGGCGAAAGGUCGAGUUGACGAGCGAUUCGGGAUUGGGCGACGAGCGUUUCGUGCAUUUUCAUCUUGGCAACCAAAACCCUGUAGAUAUAUUAUAUACAUACACAUAUAUAAAAUAUAUAGAGUGAUUCAAUAACUAUUGUGGUCUGAAGUAACUUGGUGUUUAUUGACUUUUAGAAAAUCUUGUUCGUAUAAUAUAUGUUGUAUUUGAUGAGAGGCACAUGGAACGAAAGCUGCAAAUUUUUUUUUGAGUAGUCAGAUUCUAUUAGUUCAGAGCACAGUAACUUGUCUUUAACGAUUGCCAAUAAAUGUUAACCACUACUAGUGUAGUAUAGUUUGCAAUCCUUUCGAAUACAAAAAUUCAUGCAAAUAAUGCACGCUUGCAUUAAUAUGCAAAAUACUAAAAAAAAUAUAUGCAGGAUCAUACGAUGAGCCCCGUCGAACACGACAUAUUUUAUAACAAAACAAUUUUUCCCUUGAUCGAUAAAUAUCAAACCUACUUCAGAUGGCGAUAAUUAUCGACUCGCCCCGUAUGUUUGACGAACGUUCGAACGAAAGUGAAUGCGAGUGCAUUGUUGCGAACUCCGAGAGACGCGAAAUAAAAAAAAAAAAAAGCAGACGAAACAGGAGCGACAGAUGCACGUGUAAUUAAGCAGCGGGUAAUAGAGCGAGAGAGCGGACACCUUAAGAACUAAUAAAUGGUAGUUAGAAGUUUAGAUAGAUAGAUGGAUAGCUAGACCGUUAGAUAGACACCUUAGAUAGGCAGACAAAAUAGAUCAACGGAGAGAGGAAAGGAGAACGAAAAGGGGUUUUGGGGAGGGGUGGGUUGGGGGGGCAUCGGGUGGUGUUGAAAAAAAGAGUUAUUAUAUAUAAAAAAAAAAAGUCUAUAAAUAUAGAUAGGUGGAUAUACAUAGAUAGAGGUGUAAGUACCUAAGAAAAACUCUAAGGAACCUUUUAGAAAGAAGCUGUAUCGUUGUACGAUAAGUGGACAUAAGUGUUUUAUGAUACUCCCGUACAAUAAGGUCGAGGUGAACGGUGAGGAGCAAAGAUACUACGAAUAUUCCGGAACGUAAGGGAAACGAUUAAGUUGGGGGAGAAGAACAAAAAAUGUUUAAAAACGUAUACAUAUAGAGGAGAAAACGAAACUAUGGGGGGAAGGGGGGGGGGGGGUAAGGAACGAACGACAGACGCGUUCGUAGCCCGACGGAUAACACGGGACGCGCGGCACGAUUGUAAUUGUAUUACUGUGGUCUAAGCUAUUUUCAGUCACGUUGUAUAGUAACUGUAAAUUACAGGACUUUAAGUGGUUAGCGAGAAAGAUAGCGUGUGCGUGUAAGGAAGAGCGAACGAGCGAAUGAGCGAAUGAGUGAGCGAGAGGAUGGACCAGGAGGAAAAGAGAAACGACAGGAAGGAAGAAACGAAACGCGAUCAGCAUAACUUCGCAAAAUGAAGGACGAUGAGGGAGUAUUGUACGAAAUGGUAGGGAAUGGGGGGUGGAGGUGGAAAUAGUGGAUUGCUGUCGUCGUCGAAUUUUGCGAAAUUGUACAGAAUUCUGACGGGGAAACGAUCUAGUUACGCAGAGGUCGUGAGGAGGGAUGAAGAGAGGAAUUGAGCUUCUGGAGAGUAUACCUUACGGCAUUUCAGUAGCCGGUUAGAUUUCACAAACGGAAGUGGAUAUUCGUUGCUGAUGUAUUGUCAGGGGCGUGGGAGCCGAGGGUGUUAAGCUAAUUAACAAUUAGAGCGGUGCAAGGUGAUCGUCGUUGGCCAUUGGAGGCUUUCGAGUACUGUACCAUACUUUCUUAAUCCCUUCGUGCCAUCAUAUCGUUUUUUCAAUGCACAUAAUUUAUGUUAUAGUAGCAACUGUGAGCUUUUACUUUAUCGAAUUAAUUAUUAUUUACUUCUGUCUCAUUCACGAGAUAAUUGUACAACCUCGAAAGUUAGCGGAUCAAUACAAUUAUUAUAUCUUACUUCAUCUUUAUUUUCUCAAUUUUAUAACUUGUGCCAUAAAAUAGACUAAUGUGCAUCGAAAGAAAAAAAUAAUAUUCAUUGUAUCUAGGUGCGAGCACGAAAGGGGUCGAAAAGUACUCGAAGAACAUGUGUUUAUCACGAAAUUAUUUCCACAAAAAUUGUUCUUCUUUUACACAUUUGAAACGAUUCCAAUCGCUUACAUCGAGGGAGAAUUUAUUUUUCCCUGGUUGGUUAAAACAGAUUUCCAUUGUCCGCGAGCCUUGCAUCGCACCAGAAUAGGGGUAGGAAAUUUGAUGCACUAUGAACUGUUAUUUUUCGGAAAUAUCAUCGUUAGAAAAGAUUUAACUAACUAACGAAAGGGAAACUGAUCGGAGCACCACCGUACAGGGGAUGGGCAAAAUUGUAUUCGAAUAAUAGAUGACGAGUGAUCUAAACGCACAUCGAUUUGUUCGAUUGAACACCCACAUUUGUAUUUAUAUAAUAUUCUAACUGAAAUUCUAAUUUUUAUUCAGCGAGUAGCAGUUUUAUUUGUUACCCGAAAUUUGUGUCUAGUUGAAGUACAAUAAUUUUGUCCAUCUCCGCUACCGUAGGCUCUGUCAGGUUCUGUGUGAUAAAGUUUGAGUGAGAAUACAAGCGAAAGAUAGUAGAAUUGAAAACGAGAAGAGGAGACGGAAGCACACGGAAGAACGAAAUGAGGAACGUGUGAGGGGCGCUGUAGGUGAACGCACGGUGACGAAAAAGUGGAGAGAGAGUGUGACAUUUUAGAGGAAGAGAGAGAGAGAAAGAGAGAGAGAGAGGGAGAGAGAAACAAAGUAAACAAAGUCGAGAGACACCUAUAUUUUUAAAAAGUGACCUUUGGCAUUUAAAGACUUAUAAAAAUCGUGCAACGAGUUAAGUAAAACAAAGAACAAACAAAACCACGAGGGCGCAGUGUAUUAAGAGGCGUCCGUCCUUCUCCGUGUCUCUAUUUCAUCUCACACGAUGCACACAUCAACAGAAACACACACACACACACAUGCCACGCAUAUAAGGGAAACACUUGGAAGAAUAAAAUGAAGCCAAAAGAAUCACAAGCCGUGGGGUAAAUUCGUUUAUUCUCACUGUACAUUGUGUUAUUUUCACUGUACAACACACCGACGCGAAUCUUUCGACAACACAUACGUAUGCAUACGUAUACAGCAGAAAGCGUGGCCACACGCUCGAGAAAAAUAAAUUCAAACGAGGAUCGCCAUUCGUACGCAGCUGUAUACGGUUGUGCUUGAUUAAAUGAGAAAAUUUCGGAUAUAUGAAAAAAAGAUUAUCUACCCCACUGUUUCUGUUUCCUCGACUCGAGCAACCCGCAGCGUUGCUAGCAAGACAUGGUCGAACUACAAAGCGGUGCUACACGCGUGUGGAUGCGACAGCCACUGAUGCAAACAAAAAACUUUUCUAUUGCUUAUUGUUGUUUUGUGAAAGCGGCACCAACGAGUUGGUAGAGGCUUUUCAUAGAAAAUGAAACUGGACAAUUUUUUUAACAGGAACCUUCAAUGUGAAUGUAUCGUAAAAGCAAUGUAGGCACAUUAUUGUAUUAUUAUAAUUACUAAAAGCUUCGUAAGAAUAUUAAAUAGUUAAAAUUGUUUGAUAUUGGCAUCGCUCUGAUCAUCAUUUUAGAUACGACAGAACAUCGCGAGUAAAUAACGUAGCAAUGGCAAUCUAUUUUACUUUUGCGACUGCCACGGCAGACCGCGCGAGGCACCGCUUUGAAGUUCGGUACCCGAGCACAGAAUAAUAUGAGUCGAUUGCAGUACUGCUCUGACUCUCAACGUCGGAUGGUCGAUUCCUGGAAUCAAUUCGCGACCAAACCCGACUAAUUGAGAAUUUCCAGUGCCGAUGUUUCUCAUUUAAUCGGGCGCCGCUGCUCCCGUAUUUAUGCGCGUCUGGGACGACGAGGACGCAGGGUGAAAACGGGGAGAAGAGGGACAACGGUGAAAGGAAUCCGACGAUUGGAGGAAAGACGAAAUGAAUUCGAUCGCGACCAACGGGGGAGAAGGAUUUGGGAGGGUAAAUUGGAGUUGGGGAGAGAGGCAAACAAUGCAUUCCGUUAGAAACUCGCUUUUCACGAGGUGCACGAGAACCGAGACGACGAUUCGACGUCAACGAAUCGCCAUGUCGUCGGUCUACCUCGAGGCCUAACAAAAAUGGAACCGAACGAUUUCGGCACGUGACUCGAUCUUCGAGGCGGUCGCAGCGAGACCACCGACACCCGCCCCUGCAGACUGUUUAAUUUCCAAUGGGUCCGUGGGGUGGUUCGAAUGAGGCUGGCCGUCCGAAAUCGAUCUAGAAAAUGGAAAACCAGCCAACAGUCACCGCAUAGUCACUAUUGUCAUCCAACACAAUUCAUUGGUAGGGUAUAUAGUAUUUUUAGGGAUUUUAUACAGGCAUGCGACAGCGCUCUAUGUUUUAGCCACGAUUAACUAUCGAUUAUUGACGUUUCUUCUCGUACGUAAAACGAACGGUGUGUUUUAGGUAUAGUAUAAUUACAUUACGCGAAUGGAGUGCGACUGGGAACUUACGAGCAGAGACUGGGCGAAAUUUCGAGUAACGUAUUAAAGCUGAAACAUUGUUCGAUUCGUUAUUUGUUCGAUAGAAAUGAUCAAGUCGAAUUAUAUUUCAUGUUGCACGAGUGUAAACUUCUAGACGAUUAUUCGGUCGAAUGAACGUUUUUAUUUGUCUACCGUUCGAAUAAAAUUUUGCCCAGCUCUGAGCGCGAACGAGUGGUCGGUUUCGUGUGAUUCGUGGGAAAGGAUGAGACUGUUGAGAGUAGGAAAAGAGAUCGGGUUGCUGUGCGAAUGGAAGCGAGAGUGUGAUAAUUUUUCUGGAAUUCUGUACCUCGUUGUGUAUACAUCUCUAUUUGUAUAAUUGUGAAUAUUAACGUAUUAUGAUAAUGUGAUUUAUUACGUGUGAUCCUGCGCGCUAAAAGACGCGGAGAAACUUUAAGCGAGUAUUUUGUAUUACGACAAUGCGGAACGAUGAAAACAAACAUUGGUGCGCGUGCUUGAAAGCCGGAGAGAACGAGAUUGAGCGUAAGGAGAGUCUUGUAAUCGCAGCUUUUUUUGCCGCCAUGGAAUAUUAUUAUAAUAAACGAAGAAUGCGCUUGCGCA